UAAUAAUAAUAGUAAUGCAUAUGUGAAUUAAAUAGAUUGCAAAUGAGUUUUUUAGCUCUCCAGCUUCAGUUUUCAGCAGCUUCAGUGAGCAACAGCACUGACUACAAUUCCCGAGAGCCUUUGCAGCAGCAGCUCCCUCCCCCCUCCCUAAUUGAGUGAUCAGGUAGAACAGGGCGUAGCACCGCUGAUAACAAAGUUUCACCCCGGAAGCAACAGAUCAGAGACAAGGUGGGGGAGCCAGUUUCUCGACCGCAUGUGUGAGUGAAGUUGGAGAAGGGGAGAUGGCAGUGACCCAAGAGCAUGUGCUGAACUUUCUGUUGGAGCAGAAGGGGAAGGUGAGAAAUUCUGAUCUACUCAAAAAGUUCAAGCCCCUGGUGGACUGCCCGGAUCCUGACAAGAAGGCGCACAACAGGGCUCGCUUCAAAACCUUUGUCAAUACCAUAGCUGUGGUGAAGGAUGAGGCAGAAGGAAAGAUGGUGGUUCUGAAGAAAAAAUACAUGCAUCUGGUGAUAGAGAAAGAGAGAACCAGGGAGCAAGAAUCUGAGCCCAACCAGCCUGUAAAUGUGAUCCAACACCAGCCCAAGCAAUUUGCAACAGGGGAGCCAGCACCCAGUACCCAAAGGAGACAUUCUAGCCCGCACACUCCUGUGCAAGGUAGUAGCGAAGACCUGCAGCAGCAAGGCAAUCAGACUGCAAUACAAAGUGAAGCAGGAGAGAGUGAUGCCUCUGCUGAAAUAACCGAUCUAACAGAUCCCAGGGAAAAACCUUCAUCCGAUGAGUCUAAUGAGUCUGAAACAGAGUCCAAGCGAGAGACUGUGUUUGCUAUAGUGGCUCGGAUGGAUAAUGCAGGACCUGUGCCUGUCCCUAAGUCUUGGGUGGAUGUGCAAUCAAAGGAGGCUGCACAGAAACCAUAUAUGUUGCCCCUGAGAUGCCCACCGCCUUCCCCUGGUGGCACAUACAAUGGCCCGGAGGAUAGAAGCACCAAGGAAUCCCCUGCGGUCAAUACAGCAGUAAUAGAAGUGGCACGUCCUGUUCAACUCCGAUCCCCCCAUGUUGGCAGGAGGCAAUAUGAUGAGGCAGCUACAAAAUCCCCUCAUCUCAAAAGGGCCUCCAAGAUGCAGAAAGUGUCAGAGGAUCAGAAAUACUCGGAUGUUGUCCCCCUGGAUCCCUCCGAGCACAAGUGGCUAGUGACCUCCACUAACGGCCGCUGGAAUCACACGCUCUACGGGCUGAUCUUGACGGAUGGCGAAUUGGUUGGGAAGAGAGACUUUAUCUCUGGGUUCACUGCUUUGCACUGGGCGGCCAAGACUGGGAACACCGAAAUGAUGAAGAUAUUAGUUGAAAGUGUAAGUAAAGAUAAUAUGAAACUCAAUGUUAAUGCCAAGUCUUUUGGAGGGUACACGCCACUGCAUAUUGCUGCUAUCCACAACCACACAGACUUUCUAACCAACCUGGUGAGAUAUUAUAAUGCUAAUGUAAAUCUCCGAGACCACAGUGGCAAAAAGCCUUAUCAAUACUUAAAGAAAGACGCACCCCAGAAAAUCAGGAUUCUUUUAAAUGACCCCCAUGCCAUUAGUACUGAGCAAGCUGUGCCAAUGAAAAAGAAUUCCAAAGUGGCCAAUUCCAUUUUGGGCACUACCAGUGCUUUCCUUGGGGUCCUCUCAGAUGAUGCCUCCCUGCACGAUCUGACAAAAAACAUUAAAAAGACAGGCUCUUUGAACAAAUUUUUCAAUGCACCUUCAAAUCAGAAGAAGAAACUCAAAGCAAGGGAGAGUCUCCCCGUUUUCACGUUACUGAAUGAAGACCCUGAAGAGGAGAUGGAGGAAACUGUGGGAAAGCGCAGGCCAGUUACGGAAUACUUUGCCCAUUAGUAUUUCUGCUGGGUGGCCCUCUAAGUGCAAAGACAUUCCUGGUGGUGAACUACAACUUCCAGAAUCCUUUGCCAGCUGUUGAGUGAUGAUGGAAGCACUACUUUAGCAACAGUUAGUUUUAGUUAAAUCAUUGUAUAUCUUCCACGUUUUUUCUUUGCAUAGAGAGACCCACAUCAUGCAUUUUCCUGAUUCACCAAAAUACUGUUACUUUUUUAAUAUAUUAUAUGCUAACACAUUUAUUAAGCUAAUGAGUUUCACUGGUGGGUUAUAGAAAAAGCAACUGGCACAGGAGGGUUUUAACCCUGAUUAUUCAGGAGAUCUGCCUGUUGAUCCAGGGGAUAAUAUAUGGGAAAAUAUGGGGUAUAUUGAUAUCCAGUUACACAUCCAAUAGUUGUUCUGUGAUCAUCUUAACUGCAGUAUAUGAGUUAAAGCUAAUAUCUGAUUGGUUACUGUGGGUUUGGCAGGACCAGGCACCCCGGUCACUGCAUUAACCCUUAAUUUGUUUACAGACCUUUGAUAAAUCUUUAUACGGGUCCUUUUUUUAACUAUGUUUACAGCACCUAUUGGUUUAAAUCAGCAAACCAAGAAAAGGGCUUGUUCAUCAACACUGGUCAAAUAUGCUCUUGACAACCAAUCAGAUGUUUGCUUUUACAGUUCUACCUGCUGCUGGAUGAAAAUAGGUAAUCACUGGUUGCUAUGGGUUACUGCCUAGGUGCAAAUUUGCCUAGCGUUAAUAGAGGAGCCCCUGUUGUUUUCUAAGUGUGUCGUCAACAUAUGUCCAAUCAGGUGGGCAGUAUGAAAGCACCUGACUACUACACAUUAAACGUAUCUUUGCAGCAA